GCACAGCAUAGCGUACUUCAAAAAGCGUCUUCUUCUUCAAUCUCUCUCUCUCUCUCCUAAAUUAUAUCCGUAUCCGUUCAACUCUCUCUGAGAUUUCGAUCUCUCUCUUUUCGAACGCUCGCUUUAUCGCAUUUGUACUCCUCGGCUGAUUACGUCAGCGAACAAUGUCAAUCGCAGAGUCCAAGUAAUCGCAAUUCAUUUUGAUAUAUGUUUCUGCAUUUGAGUUGCGUGUGGUGGGUUUUCAAUGGAAACAGUGGUUGGAGUUGAAGGAAAUGAUGAAGCUAAUCUUGAUCACAUGCCAGAUGUCAAAACUAGUCCCACACCAUCCUCAACAACGGAGAUUGCUGAUCCUGUCGUAUACACGCUCGUUCGGGUUGAUGGGGACGGAAGAUUAGUGCCUGCAACAGAUGACGAAGUUAUGCAAGUUGAGGACUUGCUCGAAGAUGACAAAAGUGAGAUACAUACUGUUGCAGACACUGGGCAGAAUGUGGGAUGUGCUUCCAGUGAUGGAUUUCCUUCUAGCAACUGUCAGUUCGAUGGUUCAGAAGGCCAGCCUGAGAAACCGGAAGAAGUUGUUGAAGCAGCAAAUGGUCAGCAUGACGCAGGAGUUGGAUUGGGUGAACUAAAUGCUGGACCUGAGGAAACCGUUCCUUUGAUAGCAAAAUCAGAUGACGGCCAUAUUGAUCAGCCAGAGAGUGGUGGGGAAUGCUCAAACCCUUCGGCCAUCGAAAAUGGAUCACCAGUUUCUGCUGUCUGCACUAAUUUAAAGCCAGAUUUUUCAAAGCUGAAGGGGGAAAUAUGCUUGGACAACCUAUCUGUUAGAGAACUUCAUGAAACUUUUAAAGCAACAUUCGGACGGGAAACCUCUGUGAAGGACAAACAGUGGCUGAAAAGGAGGAUUGCCAUGGGAUUGACCAACUCUUGUGAUUUUUCAACUACUGCUUUUGUAAUUAAAGAUAACAAAGUGGUGAUGAAGAAAGGCAAAGAAGUCAUUGAGAAUGUGGAUGGUGCCCUUGCUGGUGUCUCGACAGUUGAAGCAGUAAAUGAAAAUUGUGGAGGUUCACUGUUUGGCUGCAAUGGCCAAGUAGAAAAUCUUCAAAAAUAUUCUGGCGAGAGAUUGGGAAACUCUAGUUUGGAACAUGAUAUUAGUGUUGAAGAUCAGCAAACUGACCAAAGAGCAGCAAAAAGACUUCGGAAGCCGACGAGGCGAUAUAUUGAAGAACUUUCUGAAGUAGAAUCCAAAGAAUCUGGUGGGAAGUUAAUCUCUUCAGUGCAAAGUUCUGAAGAUGGCCAAUCGCCUCUAAUAUCUCAUGCUAGGCCUAUUCGCCAUACGCAAUCAAAUGGUAGACCUGUUGUCACGAGGCAGGAUUCUCUGGGAGGUUCAGGUGUUCAGGUUCCAUAUGUUUGCCGGGUUCGAAGAAGCCGUCCAAGGGAAAACUUCAUGUCUCUCAUGAAACUUCAACCCAGUAGCAUGGGCAUGGCAACCAAAUUGGUUAAGAAGGCCCUUGGUGCACGUGGUGCUCGACAAGGCAAUCAAAUAGGGAACAAAGUCUUCAACGCGAGAUCAGUCUCUGCAUGGAUUCAGAAGCCUCUUGUUAUUGAAUCAGAGAAAGAAGAGCAUUAUCAGGUAAGAAAAGCAUCUGAGUUGGAAAACGAUGCAGAGCUGAAACACGUGGAUUCAUCCGGGGAUUAUUCCGACGAUUACGUAGUGUCUGUGCCCACAGAAAAAGGUGGAAUGAGAAGAAAGCAUCAUCGACCUUGGACUCUCUCUGAGGUGGUCAAAUUAGUUGAGGGUGUGGCUAGGUAUGGUGCUGGCAGGUGGUCUGAGAUUAAACGACUUGCUUUUGCAUCCUACUCGUACCGAACUUCUGUGGAUCUCAAGGACAAGUGGAGGAAUCUUCUGAGAGCUAGUUUUGCACAGUCGCCUGCAGAUAAAGGGAUGCAGAGUUCUCGGAAGCAUGCUUCAGUGCCAAUUCCUGCUGCAAUUUUGUUACGAGUAAGAGAGCUUGCUGAAAUUCAAGCACAAGUUCCACCCAAUAUCAGCUCAAGCAAGUUUGCUGCUUAUAGCAGCACAAAUGUACAUGAAACAAGAUCCGGAUACUUGUAGCACUGUAAAUUACUAUGUAACGAGAGUUUCCUAACUAGAAAUAAGGAUUCUAGGUCUCUGUACUGUUUAGAAUUGUUCCCUAGUUGUUGGUGGACGGAUAUACUAUUGAAGUGUGCUAGAGAAAUGUCAAAGUUUGUAUACUUCUCUCGA